UUGAUAUUGAUAGAGAGUUCUGGAUGUUUAGUUCUUCACGUGUUCAACCAAGAUCGGUCAAACAAAAAAAGUGGUUGUGUACAAGUACAAUCAAAGCAUAACUGGAUUCAUAUCAUCAGUAUGAGUUUACAUUGUUUUGUCUGUGGAAAGUCCUUUAGUGCUCUAAACAUUAUGGUAUGGCAUUUAAAACGGGCACAUGCUGUCUAUGAACAUAAUGAUAUUCCAUGUGGCCAGGGUGACUGCCCUAAAAGAUGUUCCAGUUUUUGCAAUUUAAGAGUGCAUAUUUUCAAGUAUCAUCAGGACUUGUUUUAUGUAAACAAUUUAGAAUCUAAAUGUGAAUUUUCUAGCCAAUUUUUAUUUAAUAAUAUAAAUGAUGUCUCAAUAGAUGAUCAAUUCGAUUGCAGUGUAGAUUCUGUAGAUAAUAGAGAUGAAAGAAAUAUACAAGAUAGUAUACAAAAAUCAUUUGUUUCAUUUAUUGCUAAGCUUCAAGCACGAUCUAACAUUCUUUUGACAAAUGUACAAUUUGUAACUGAAGGUCUUAAGGAACUAUUGCAGGACUCACUGCACUUAACUUUAGAGCAUGUUCGUUCCGUUUUUAAUGAACUGAAUAUUGAUGAAAAUGUUACUUGUUUUCAAAAUCUUUAUGAAGAUCUUGCAGCUGUGACUACUUCCAUUGAUAAAGUUGAUACAGAACAUAAGAUAAUAGCAUAGUUAAAAAAACAUUAUUUCUAUAUAGUCCCACAGCCAGUGUAUCUUGGAAUAAGGAAAGAGAAAUGCAAAUCAGUUUCAUUAGGUAGUUAUGAAAUGAAAGACAUAAUGGAUACUGCUCAAUACAUUCCUAUUGAAUUAUUAUUAUCUCGAAUAAUAAUUGAGUGUAAACAUCACUCCUUAAGUUUAAAUUGCCAUGACCAUGCAAGUAAUGAUGGAAACUUAACUGAUUACUUUGACACUGACGCAUACAAGCAAUAUUUCUAUUUUUCUAAAAUCCCUGAUGCAAUGGUUUUACAUUUUUAUAUUGAUGGGUUUAAAACAACAAAUCCACUUGGUCCACAUACACUGAUACAUAAAAUGGAAGCUCUUUAUAUGGCAGUGAGAAACAUACCUUCCAGAUUUAUUUCCAAAGAAUCUUCAAUUUUUCUGGUGGUUAUGUGGUAUGCAUUAGAUGCUAAAGAUAAAACUCGAUCUUAUGAUUUAAAUUUUGCCCCAUUAAUAAAUAUGUUGAAGCAAUUAGAAUCUAAUGAGGGUGUGCAAGUCUCUAUCUGCAAUCAAACAAUAAAAGUACGAGCAUCCCUAGCUCUUUUUUCUGCUGAUAAUUUGGUUAUCGUUCAUUGUUUUAAUUUUUUGAGAGUUUUAAUGCACAGAAAUUCUGUAGAUUAUGUGAAGUAACAAAGGAAGAAAGUCAAGUCAAAUUCCUUGAGACUGAUUAUGUUAAACGAACUAAAAAGUCUUAUAAUCAUUCAGUUAAUUCAGAUGGUCAACCUGAUUAUAAGGAGUCUGAAAGCGGAAUUAAACACGGGUGCAUUUUUAAUGAGCUAAAGUACUUUCAUGUUAUGAAAAAUUUUGCUGUUGAUGCAAUGCACGAUUUAUUAGAAGGGAUAGUUCCUACUGAAAUAAGUGAUGUUUUAGGUAGUUUAAGUGCUGAUGGGUAUAUAUCUCUAAGCGAAUUUAAUGUGUUGUUGACUGAAUUUAAUUUUGACUCUUCUGCAGAAAUAGUCGACUCACAACUUUUGCAUCUUUUGAACGAUUAAAAAUGACUGCUUCAGAAUGCUGGUGCUUAAUCCGAAAUAUACCAUUCAUUAUCAGACACAGAUUUCCACGAGAUGAACCUCAUUGGAAUUUACUUUUAAUACUUAUGGAUAUUUUAGACAUAGUUUUUGCUCCAAAAGUUAAUGUUGGGUUACCAAGCUAUUUAUCACACCUAAUAGCAGAACAUCAUCAAAGUUAUCUCCAGCUGUUUCCACAUA